UUACAUGCUCUGUAACCUGUAACCCUACUUUUCUAACCUAAAUUAAUGUAGACCUUUAGAGUUUUUAUUACGUUUUUACUCUUGUUUAUAAACAUGGAAAGCAAGGUUUUAGAUAGUCUUCAGCAAAGAAUUUCCGCAUGUUGUUCCAUCUACGAAAAAUAUUCAUGGUUACUGAACUGCUACGUUCUAGACUUUUUCACUGAAAACCAUUGGAACAAGUUAUUAACGAACUGGCAGAUAUCUCUGAAAGACCUAAGUUCCGCUGAUAUUUCACAACUGCUGGAUUAUGAAGGCCACAUGAGAGGUAAAACGUGGCCUUUAUCUAUCAUCGCACUAAAGAGGAUCCUCAUUUCACUAUCAUUGUCAAGAAAAAUGAUUAAUUUACCAAUUGAAAACCCCUACUUUACAAAAGAUGAAAAACUGCUGCAGUUGUUUUGGAAAAACGUGAAAGCAAAAAAGAGACACGAAAUUUCAAUUAUGUCGAAAAUAUGCUAUGAUUCUGCACUUAAAACUGACUGUUUUUAUAUUGUGGAUAUUGGUUCUGGUUUAGGUCAUUUAAGUCGAAUGUUAAAUUACGGAUACGGUUUUAAAGUAUGUACUAUAGAAGCGCAAGCUUCAUUCAGUCAACAAGCACGGAACUUGGACGCUGAAUUUGAAGUCGUUCUAGAACGAAAAUUUAAAGGUUGUUUAAAAUAUAACAAAAGUGUUCAUAUUCACAAAAGGAUACUAUCUACAAUUACAGCAGCUGAGUUUGUAGAUAUUGUUAAAAAAGCUUUUAAGAUUGAAAAUGAAAAUUUUAAGUUUGGGAUUGUGGGGUUACAUCCAUGUGGGGAUCUAGGAGCUACUUUACUUAAACUAUACAAUGAAUGUGAUAAAGUACAAUUCAUCAAUAUUGUAGGUUGCUGUUACAUGAAAUUAACAACACUGCCUGAAUCAAACUGUGGUUUCCCGCUAAGUAAGUUUUGCAAGACGAACAAAUAUGACUUAAGCUAUCAUUCCCGAGAAAUCGCUUGUCAUGCUAUUGAAAACUAUAUAGACAAGCUCAGAAAAAACGAAUGUUGGAGACUGAAAAUCCAUACUUACAGGGCUGCUUUAGAGAAAAUAAUCACUAAGAAGUGUCCUGACUAUCACCACUGUGCUUUAAACAACGUUAAAUAUACAGAAGACUUGACGUUUGAAAGUUACUGCAAAAAAGCUACUAAAAAAUUGAAAAUGGAUUUCUCGCAGGAUAAAUUAGAAAGCGCUGAAAUUGAAGGGUUGUUAAAACAGUGGAAAGAAGUUGUAGUGUUUUAUUCAUUACGACUACUAUUUGCUCCACUCAUAGAAUCAAUAAUACUAUUAGACAGAUUUAUGUUUGUGGUGGAAUCAGGUAGUAUUGGAGAAAUAUUACCAGUAUUUGAUGCAAAAAUAUCGCCCAGAACUCACGUUCUCACUGCCAGAAAAAGUGAAAUCAUGUGACAAUAUUAAACUUCGAAUAUAUCUGUGAUAUGUAUAAUUCCUCUGCCUUAAUUUGUAACGAAAACGGAAGUCACAAUAGAAACAUUUAAUACUA